AUGAGGUCGACAAUUGCUAUUCUUCUCCAGGCCGCGUCACUGGCAACUGCGCUUUCUGCCGUCGACAUGGCGCACGUGAACGGAUUGACUCGCGGAGAUGUCACGCACACCGAGGCCGCGGCACUUUGUGGCGACCUUGGGGUCAUGGAAGUGCCUGUUGGCAUGGAUCCCUACACUGUGCGCGCUUGCAAAGAGCAUCCGUCAUCCCUCGAGACGGAGGCCUUGACGCUGGAGAAGCGCAAGUGCUGGUACGGCCCUCCCUCUGGCUGCUCCCGGCAACAUUGGUGCUACAGGUCGUGUGACAAUGGUGGACAGGGCUCUUGGUGCUGGACCACGGUCGGUAGCCCACUCGGUGCAUGGAAGAGCUGUGGAAGAGAUGAAGAUUGCUCUCCGAGUGACCCAUGCUCAGGAGGCGGCUGCAAGAAGUGUGGAUGCGGCUGCUAA